AUGGGUGGAUCUACUUCGUAUAAUGGUAUGGCAUAUAUGAGAGGUAAUCGGGCGGAUUACAAUAAAUGGGCUGAAUUGGGUAAUACAGGUUGGAGUUAUAAAGAAGUGCUACCUUAUUUUAAGAAAUCUGAAAACAAUUUGGAUGAAGAGAUUGUGAAGAAUAACUCAGAAUACCACGGAAUUGGAGGAUAUCUAUCAGUCCAAAGAUUUCCAUAUGCAGAUGAAAAUGUGAAAAAUAUUUUUGAAGCAUGUCAGGAAAUUGGUUAUAAGAAAGUGGAUUUAAAUGGAGAAAAUCAAUUGGGUACAAUGAUUCUUCAAACAACCUCAAGAGAUGGACAACGUCAAAGUACCAACACCGCAUUUAUUAAGCCGAUCAGAAACAAAAGGACUAAUUUGUUUAUCGAAACUGAGGCUUACGUAACGAAAAUCAAAAUUCACCCAAUAAGCAACAGGGCUAUUGGUAUUGAGUACACUUCCACUGUCAACAACAGCAGAAUAAAAAAAGUGGCAUUGGCUACAAAGGAAGUAAUUAUCUCUGGUGGAACUGUUAACUCUCCACAGUUGCUAAUGCUUUCUGGCAUAGGGCCAGCAGAAGAUCUUCAGAAGCUUGGUAUCAAAGUAAUUAAAAAUUCACCAGUGGGCAGAAAUCUUCGAGAUCACGUUUCGUGCACUGGAGUAACAAUUUUGUUGAACACAACAAUUACCGACAAAUCUAAUGAAGAAAAAACUGCAGAUUUAAAACAGUAUUUAGAGAAGCACAAUGGUCCUUUAUCAUCAAUAGGACCUCUGAUAGUUAAUGCCUUUAGCAAAACGAAAUCUCAUGAAAGUGAAAAAGCACCCAAUACUCAGUUAAUCUUUUUAGGAACGAAUUCUCUCACUAAAGGUCUAAAACCUUUAUCUUACUAUGAUCGAAUUAUUAUUAAAACAGUUCUCCUUACUCCUACAAGUCAUGGAAAUUAUACGACAUAG